GAAUCUCUUUCAAAGAUGGAGCUAGAAUUAAGUUUGAAUAUCGCUUGAAUAAAAGUAAAUAACCUCAUGUGAGAGGUAUUUUUGGGAGUUUCUUAUUGAUUUUUGGGUGUUGAAAAGAAUGUUGGAAAUUACUAGAGCUUAGCUCAAGUCGUUGGAAGCAUGCAUGUCAGCACAUAAGAUCUUAGGUUAGAUUCUUCUUCUUCCCACGGUUGCUUGUAUCAUAAAAUAAAAUAUGAAAAUGGACUAAAUAGCCCUACACUAAAGACCCAAGAUACGUAGUUUCCCAAAAGAAGAAGAAGAAAAAAAAAUAAAAAUAAAAAAAAUAAAAAAUAAAAAGGAACCCAAGAUAUGAGGUUGGGCUAGGCCUAUAUAUAAUCACCUUGGACCAAAUCGUAAACUAAGAUAUAAAAAAGGGCGGGAAAGGUAGCCAAUACGUGGCCAAAUUUGAAGAAAGCAAAACGAGAGAGAGAGACUGAAACAUUGAUACAGAAAUUAGGGUUUUUACCUGAACAAAAUUGGGGGCAAAUCGAAUGGAGCAGGGCACCCAAGGCAACAUAGUUGUGAGAAGACAUGGAAGGGAAGAGUCACAGGAAGACGAAGAAAGAGUGGUGGACUUGAGUGGUCAGGUGCACCUCCUCCCCUGCUCCAUCAAAUUCAAUGGCCCUUCCAAUGUCUCCCAAUACUUCAAACCCAAACCAACUGGAAUCGAAUCGGAGGGUUUAAGGACGCAGGAAGCUUGUUUCAGAGGAAGGAAGUUGCAAGGAGCUUCGAUUUCGGUUCCAGAUGGGUAUUCUGGAUUUGUUCUAGGGAAGAAGAGUCUUGGCAAGAGAAAUCUUUCCGAUAAUUCUGAUGGGAGCUCGAACCGUUGGGAGAUGAAUGCGAAAUAUAAAAGCAUCACAUAUUGGAAUCACGACAGCCUUCCUUCCCAGGAUUAUGCAUUCUUGCGUUGUUUUCACUGACUUUCUGUGGCAAAAUCUAUGCACAAACCAGCAACAGCCGAAGAUUUGGUUUCUGCAGCAGCUGCUUUGGAAAAGAUGAACUGAUUACUCUUUCCCCUCGAGUUCUUUGUACUAAAAAAAAAGCCAAAAAUCUCAAAGUACUUAUAACUCUCUCCUGGUAGAAAUUAACAUCUUUGUAUUUUGAAUGCUUGUAGGUUUGUAACAUAAUUAAUAUAUGUUGUAUUGGCGGUCGAAAUCUAAUUUAACUUGUCCUCGAAAGUUUGAUGAACCUCAUCUUGAAAUUGAAGCUUGAUUACAUUAGCUACUGAAUACACUUACAAGUGAAGUAUACGCUUGCAAGACGAACACAUGUUUCUGUGUAUGCUAGGCAAGAUUCUUUUUAAUUAAUUUGGGAUAAGUCGGUUCUUUUUUUCGUCUGAACAAACACAUCUUGAGUAGCAAGGCUUAAUAUACAUUUUUGUUCUUCUGCAGCCUUGAAUGCGAAGUCAAAAAAGAUCAUAACUUUGCUAACUUAG